AUUGCCUCAAACGACUUUACGCUGGGCUCGCGAUGCUUCUCUCUUUAGGAUUUUCAGUCAACAGGACUUCUAUUCAUAAUAUUUCUAUUGGACCCUCUGUCUUCGAGGAUGUGUUAUUGUACUUUCAUACGCAUUCCAGUUUGUCGAAGGCCUCCUCUUUGUCUGAAAAGACUACAAUCGUACAGAUCUUAUUCCCUUCCUAGCUUCUCAACAUUUGUCUUUACAUUUGCUACCUUGCCAGGUCUAGCGGAUGCGAUGAAAGUUGGGAAUCUGACCCUAAUGUUGACCAAGUCGGUUCAAUGCCAUCAUGGCACAAGUUUCACGGUCUCGCAUGGCGGAUGUGUCACAUACGCACCCGCUGUCCAGAGCCUAUCACAGGCGCUAAAGACGGUCUACCAUGCGUUUCGAGCUCCUAAAGGGCACGCGUCGGUUUUCCAAUGCUGGGCGUAACAUGCUGAUCAUAGAGGAUGGUUUGACUAUGCCUGGGUGCUAGAAGAUCCUGGGGAGAGAGCGGGUGAAACACGUCGGACAACUUUG